GACAUAAUUAUUGCCUCAAACGAUUUUAUUUAUUCAUAUGAAAAUAAAUAGUACAAUGCGUACAGCGGUUGUUUUCGUUAAUAACAAGAAUAUUAUGCAUGUUUCUGGAGGAAAAAUACAAAAUAAAAAAAUAAUUUUAUUUUCUGAUAAUCAUUGAUCAUUUCUUCAAUUUCUCUUCAAUCUUCUUCUUCAAUCAGACCGGUUUGACAACGAUGGAUGAUACUUGACGAUGGCAACUAUGUGCCAUACGAAAUGGAAAAUAUUUUGUGAUAUUAUCUUUAAUAUAUUAUGGACACCUCUAUCGUUUUUUCGUUUUCAUCUUCUUGGUUUUGAUCCUCUUCAUUUCAAUCAUGACGUUUUCAUUGCAUGCACCGAUAUAAAUGAACAUGAUCAUCAUGUAACUAACUUGAGUGAAGAAUCUGAAUUUUUUUGAAUUCAUCUUUUAUUAAUAAACACUACAAAAGUUUAUUUUCCCUGAACAAAUGAUCAGACCACUUUUACUAUCCAUCAAAUGAAUCGAAUGUUUUGAAUAAAAAAAACAUUCAUUUGUAUGACAAUUCUAAUUGUCUUAAGACCAAUAUCUAAUCUGGUUAAAAGUAAAUAAUUCCAGAAUUUCAACUUGUCUCUUAAUUCAUUGCUUAUUUUUAUUUUAACUCGUGUCGAUUCUUAAUUUUGAAUAAGACAUAUAAAGAUACAAUUUUUCAUCUUGUGAAAAAUUAUGAUCAUAAUGGAAUCCACAGUAACUACGGCGUCAUCACUUCCAUUUUCAAUGACAAAUGGUUUUUCAUCAACGCCACCACAGCCAACAUCAACUGAAUAUGAUAAUAAUGAUUUAAUUGAAUCGAAUGAAUCUUUGACAAUUACUGAAUCCAGAGAAUGGUCUAUUCGAGCAUCACCUCGAGCAUUAGCCACAAUCAAUCCAAUUCGAAAAAUUGUCGAAACAAUGAAUUUAACUCCUAAUCGAGAGAAACCAUUCAUCCCGUUAUCAAUUGGCGAUCCAACAUUGUUCGGAAAUUUCAAACCAUGUGACGAGAUAAUUGACUCAAUGUUAACUACGGUCAAUUCCUCAAAGUAUAAUGGUUAUCAGCCAGCAUCUGGCCAUGAAGAUGCUCGUAAAGCUGUUGCUGAGUAUUGUUCAUCAUAUGGAAUGGAUAUUGCAGCCAAGGAUAUCGUAUUAUCAUCCGGUUGUUCCCAUGCAUUAGACAUGGCUAUGGCCAUAUUGGCUUCACCUGGUUGCAAUAUGUUAGUACCAAGACCUGGUUUUCCUCUUUAUAAAACAUUAUCGGCAUUGAUGGAUGUACAGAUUAAAUAUUAUAAUCUUAUACCUGAACGUAAUUGGCAAAUUGAUAUCGAUGAUUUAGAAUCAAAAAUCGAUGAACAUACAACAGCAAUUAUCUAUAAUAAUCCUUCUAAUCCAUGUGGUUCAGUAUUCCCUGAAAAUCAUAUUCGACAAGUGCUGAAUGUAGCCGAAAGACAUCACAUUCCAAUCAUUGCCGAUGAGAUAUAUGAAAACAUAGUAUUUCCGGGCCAUGAAUUUCAUGCAAUAGCAUCGUUAACAGAUGAUGUGCCCGUACUUCAUUGUAGUGGAACAACAAAAAAAUUUCUUAUACCCGGAUGGCGUUUAGGAUGGAUUGCGAUCAAUGAUAAAAAAGAUAGAUUUGGACUAAAUAUUCGUACGGGACUUAAUUCUUUAGCACAAAGAAUUAUCGGCCCAAAUUCUCUGAUACAAGGGGCUAUCGGUCGGAUUUUAACUAAAACCCCGAAAUCAUUUUUCGAUGAAAUCAUCGCUAAUGUCCAUCGUAAUGCUGAUCGUGCAUUCAAUCGAUUACGUACGAUGAAAGGAUUGACACCAAUACAACCUGCUGGUGCAUUCUACAUUAUGGUUCAUAUUGAAAUGAAAUAUUUUCCAGCAUUUCAUAAUGAUUUACAUCUUGUUGAAACAUUGGUUGCUGAAGAAUCGGUAUUUUGUUUGCCAGGUGCCUGUUUCGAAUAUCCUGGUUAUGUACGACUUGUAUUGGCCAUUGAUUAUGAUAUGUUGGAAGAAGCUAUGGAUAGGAUCGAAUUAUUUACAAAUAGAUAUUUUACUGAUGAUCAAACCACUAAUGUAUCGAAUGAAUUAGAUAUUGAAAUGAAUUGAAAUUUUCAAUCAAUCCAUUUUUGUUAUUGGUUUUUCUUUCUUAUUCUCGUUCACAAAUUGUCUUUAAUUAUUUUUUUCUAUGUAAUAUAUUCUAAAUUUUGCUUCGAUU